GGAUUAAGGGGCUGGCAGGGGAUUACGUAGCCGCUGCGGCUCCCGGCACGGAGCUCCCUCCCUGCGCGGCCGCUCCUCGGGGCGCAGAGACGCACCGCACCUGUGGGUGCCCGCCGACGAGGGUCCUCGGCGGGUUUUUGGCCGCCCACCCUGCACCGGAGACCCCUGACGGCACCCGGCAGCAGAACCGACGUUCCCGGGGCGGAGGCGGCCAGGGUCACCCCGGGGCUCGGCCCCGCAGCGGCAAGGCACCCAGCCCGGCAACAUGGCAGGGGCUGUGUGGGACCCCCCAAGGGGCAGCAGGAAGAGCAGGGAACCCCCGCAUCCCACCGGCCGGUCCCCUUGCUGAUGGUUGGCAUGUGGAGGAUGGGGCCCUGGGCUGUCCCGUGGAUGAUGCUCUGGCUCUUCUGCCUCCUGCCCUCUGCCAGGGCCCAGACGAAGAUCCCGCUGGAGACGGUGAAGUCUUGGGCAGAUGCCUUCGGUGGGGAGCUGUACUCCAUUGUGACUAAGUAUUCAGGCUCUCUCCUCUUGCAGAAGAAGUACAAAGAUGUGGAGCCAACUCUGAAGAUCAAAGAGGUGGAUGGCUUGGAGCUGGUGAAGAAGUUCUCGGAGCAGAUGGAAAGCAUGCUCCGCAGGAAGGUUGAAGCCGUUGAGAGGCUGGUGGAAGCAGCAGAAGACGCAGAUCUGAACCACGAGUACAACUCCUCACUGGAGUUUGAUUACUACAACUCUUUCCUGAUUAAUGAGAAGGAUGAAAAUGACAAUUAUGUGGAGCUUGGAGAUGAAUUCAUUUUGGAGCCAAAUGAGCAUUUCAAUAACUUGCUGGUGAACACAACAUACAGUGAUAUCCAGCUCCCCACCAACGUCUACAACAAAGACCCUGACAUCCUGAAUGGCGUUUACAUGUCAGAAGCCUUGAAUCCUAUUUUUGUGGACAACUUUGAAAGGGAUCCCACGCUGACCUGGCAGUAUUUUGGCAGCUCCACUGGAUUCUUCAGGCUCUAUCCAGGAAUAAAGUGGUUACCAGAUGAGAAUGGAGUAAUUUCCUUCGACUGCAGGAAUCGUGGCUGGUACAUCCAAGCGGCCACCUCUCCCAAGGACAUUGUCAUCGUCGUGGACGUCAGUGGGAGCAUGAAGGGCCUGCGGAUGACCAUUGCCAAACACACCAUCGUCACCAUUUUAGAUACUCUGGGAGAAAAUGACUUUGUCAACAUCAUUGCCUACAAUGAUUAUGUUCAUUUUAUUGAACCCUGUUUUAAGGGCAUCUUGGUCCAAGCAGACAGAGAUAACAGAGAGCACUUCAAGCAGCUAGUGGAUGAACUGCAGGCAAAAGGAGUGGGGACUGUGAACAAGGCUUUGACAGAGUCCUUCAAAAUCCUGAGGGAGGAUUUAUACCCCUUUGUUCUGGCCGCUGGUCUGCUCAAGGCUGCUUCCAGGCUGCUUGCCUUCCCUGAAACACCAUCCUCCCAACAGUAUUUCAGAGAUGCCGGUCAAGGAGGCUUGUGUAACCAAGCUAUCAUGCUGAUCACAGACGGAGCAGUGGAGGAUUAUGAAGCUGUGUUUGAAAAAUACAACUGGCCAGAUCGGAAGGUCCGGGUUUUCACUUACCUCAUUGGACGGGAGGUCACUUUUGCCCCCAAUGUGAAAUGGAUCGCCUGCAACAACAAAGGCUACUACACUCAGAUCUCCACACUAGCAGAUGUCCAGGAGAACGUGAUGGAGUACCUGCAUGUGCUCAGCCGUCCCAUGGUCAUCAACCACGACCAUGACAUUAUUUGGACUGAAGCCUACAUGGACAGUGCGCUGCCACAGUCUGAGGAGCUCUUUGCAUCUCAGGCUCAAAGUCUGUUGCUCAUGACAACAGUGGCUAUGCCAGUCUUCAGCAAAAAGAACGAGACGCGAUCUCAUGGCAUUCUCCUGGGUGUGGUGGGCUCUGAUGUACCACUGAGGGAGCUGUUAAAACUUGCUCCACGGUAUAAGCUGGGUGUCCACGGAUACGCCUUUCUGAACACCAACAACGGCUACAUCCUUUCACACCCAGACCUCCGUCCUUUGUAUAAAGAAGGAAAGAAACUGAAGCCUAAGCCAAACUACAACAGCGUAGAUCUCUCAGAAGUGGAAUGGGAAGACCAGGAUGAAAUUCUGAGAACUGCCAUGAUCAACGGAGAAACGGGCUACCUCUCUAUGGAUGUGAAGGUCCCUGUGGAUAAAGGGAAACGAGUUCUCUUCCUCACCAAUGAUUAUUUCUUCACGGAUAUCAGUGGCACACCCUUCAGCCUGGGUGUUGUGCUGUCCAGGGGCCAUGGGGAGUACAUUCUGUUGGGAAACACUUCAGUGGAAGAAGGUUUGCACGACUUGCUCCAGCCAGACUUGUCUUUAGCAAAUGAAUGGAUUUACUGCAUCACCGACAUUGAUCCUGACCAUCGGAAGCUCAGCCAGCUGGAGGCUGUGAUCCGUUUCCUCACCGGAGAGGAACCUGACCUGGAAUGUGAUGAGGAGUUGGUCCAGGAAGUGCUGUUUGAUGCAGUGGUCACUGCACCCAUGGAGGCCUACUGGACAACACUAGCCCUCAAUAUGUCCAUGGAGACUGAGGUGGGUGUCGAGAUGGCAUUUCUGGGCACUCGGGCUGGACUCAUGAGGAGUGCCCUAUACGUGGGCUCUGAAAAAAUUUCCAACAGGAAAUUCCUGACACAGAAGGACAAGGAAAGUAUCUUCACCAUGGACCACUUCCCUCUGUGGUACCGCCGGGCAGCCGAGCAUCCCCCCGGGAGCUUCAUCUACAGCAUUGUCUCAGAAGACGAUUCAGAGGGAGGUGGCCUACCAAAAGUGGUGACAGUGAGCACGGCUGUGGCUGUAUCUGUGGAUGGGAAGAUGGGUAUUGCUGCAGCGGUGGGUGUGCAAAUUAAGCUGGAGUUGCUCCAACGCAAGUUUUGGAUGGCCAUGCAACAGCCCAAUGACAGUGAUUGCAGUGCCUUGGACGGUGCCUGUCCGCUAAGCUGUCAGGAUGAUAUUCUGAAUUGCUUCCUCAUUGAUAACAACGGCUUUAUACUCGUUUCCAAAAGACCUGCAGAGACUGGAAAAUUUUUUGGUGCAGUGGAUGGCUCAGUAAUGACCCAGCUGCUAAACAUGGGCAUGUUCAGGCGGGUGACCAUGUAUGAUUAUCAAGCAAUGUGUAAAGUACCCUACCACCACCACAGCGGUGCCCGGCCUCUGCUCAGCCCAAUUUAUGCCUUUCUAGCUGCAGUGAAAUGGCUGAUAAGUGAUUUCCUCAUCUUCCUUUUGGAGUUUAACAUGAGUAGCUUCUGGCACUCAGACAACUUGGCAGAUGCCAAGGCUGUCUUCCAUCACUCUCACAAGCACAAGAAGCACGACAUCUUGCAGCCCUGCGACACGGAGUACCCUGUUUUUGUGUACGAGCCGGCCAUCAAGGAGACCAAUGGGCUGAUCGAGUGCGGAGAUUGCCAAAAGAUGUUUGUGGCACAGCAGAUUGCCAGCAGUAACCUGCUGCUCCUCAUCACGGAUGCUGCCUGCGACUGCAGUGUCUUCCCACCUGUCCUGCUGGAUGCAAAAGAGGUCAAAUAUAACGCUUCAGUGAAGUGUGAACGGAUGCGGUCCCAGAAGCUGAGGCGGCGGCCAGACACUUGCCAUGCGUUUCACCCUGAGGAAAAUGCCCAAGACUGUGGUGGCGCUGCCGAGAUCCCUGUCUCGCCGACGCUGCUCUUCCUGCCCCUGGCGCUGCUCCUGCAGUGAUGCUGCCUGCAACGGUGACGCUGCCCGCAACGCGCCUUAUGCGGCAGAGACCCGGGAGGACAGGGCUGCCACUGGCCGGAGCGAUGGAAGGGGAGGAAACAGGGGCACAGGCCGUCCUGGGAUGCCCACUGCAACUCCCUGGGGAGAUGAGGUGUUAACGACAUGGCACGGCGCAUCCUGCGUCCUUCAACACAAGGUCCAGCAUGGUGCCGACGGUGGAAGCUGCUCCCUCCUUGAAAGGCUGCGGCAAAAGGGCUGUGCAAGGACCGGCAGGGUCGGCUCCUGGCACAGCACCUACUGAGCUGCUCCUCCUGGCCAUCGGCUCGCAGCCGGGACGGCCGAGGUCAUUGGCACGGCUGGCAUUUCACCAUCACCCUGCCUCCCGUGGAGCCACUUUGGGGUAGUUGGCCCCAGGAGGCAGAGAGCUCGGUGGGGCAGAUCUGGCCUUAAGAGAGCAGGAGGGGCAGGGGACGCUGUCUGCCUGUCCCUCAGUGGGAGCCACCAGGAUUUUGAGCACCCGAGUCUGAGGCAGCCCAGGCACAGCCCUGCCAGAACAGGGCCCUUAGUGGUUCCCAGCAGGGAGGCAGCAGCUCUUGGUCUUGGGGGUGGUCCUCGACUGGGACCCCAGGGGCAGGACAUGGCGCCUAACCUGAACUGCACUAAUUUAACAUGCAACCAGAUGAUGGAAGUAGCACAGCUUGACUAGUUAACAGCAGCUACGCCAGCUCUGCCAAGGAGACCCUUCCUAACACUGCUAGCACAGCAUCCAGAUUCUUGUCUAGAUGUGGACUUACCUCUGGGAAGGGGUUAUGUGUGACCCACCAAAAGAGGGAGUAUGUUUCCCACUGCCUGCUAGUUUCACUGCAGAAGCAGCUAAGAAAUGGGCACUUUUGCCCUCAGAGCAGCACUGCCCUGCUCAUUGAAGCUGCCCUUGGUUGUCCUGGGGCAAGCAGCCCCCUGCCCUGAACCUGGCGUUCCUGGCUGGUGGGCAUGGGCCGUUUCUCACAGAGCUUUACAGACAAUGGGUGGGGAGCACCCAUUUUUCCUUUUUUUUUUUUUGUAUGAACUGCUCCAUACCAUCUCAUUAAAAACAAAUAUAUGGCAUAUUUUAAAUAGAUA